AGAGAGAGAAGAAAUAGAAGGAGGAGCCGACCCGCACUGAGAGAGAGAUGGGGGAGGUGGAAAGGGGUGAAGAGGCGGAGGCGCCACCGAAGCAGGUGGCGGUGGCGAUGGAGCGGCUGGGGGACGCGGCCCGUCUCAUUGCAGAAAUUAGGCUUGGUGCAGAUCGAUUAUUGGAGGCCAUUUUCCUCACCUCUCUCUCUCCUCACCAGCAAAACACCACCACCACCACCAUCACCACCACCACCACCACCACCACCACCACCACCACCACCACCAACAGCAACAAUAAGAAGACUAUCAGCAACAAGAAAGCUCUCCAACUUAUCGCCAAAGAAGAGAUAAACAUGCGCCAGCAUUUCCAGCACCUCCGCUCUCUUGGAAGGAAACUGGAAGCUUCUGGUGUUUUAAGUGGGACCUUGCGUGCUCAAGAUAACGGUUCUUGGGGUCUUCAUAUGCCGCUUGUUUGUCCUGAUGGUGCUGUGGUUGCAUAUGCUUGGAAGCGCCAACUUGCUGGUCAAGCUGCUGCAUCAGCUGUCGACAGAACCAGGUUAGCUCUCAAAGCAUUUACCGACCAGAAGAGACGUUUCUUUCCCCACCUAGAGGAUGAAUCACUUAGCCAGGAAAAGUCGGGCGAGUUUGCCAUUUCAAAAAAGCUUCGCUGUUCUUUUGGGCCAACCAGUAGUGAUCUCCAGCAUGACAUUGUUGAUGAGAUUAUCACAGAGAGGAAAACUCUAUCUGAUAUUCUUACUGGUUUGGAAACGGAUGCACCCAACUUAAAAAUCUUUACCUACCAACGCUUGGAUUGGGUCAAACGAGCUUCUUCAUUGUCGUCUUCUUUGACAAAGGAGAAUUGUGGUGAUUCCUUGAAAGAUUCAAAAUUCCCUACUUUUAGCAAGUUGAUGAUGGGGACUACUGGUACUCAAGAACUAGAUCGAGUGGCUGUUAUUGAGUUGUGGGUUCCUUCUGUUUUCAGGGCUGUAGUAUCAUUGAACCCAGCUGGCUCUGUAAAUCCAGAUUCAGUGGCUUUCUUUUCUCCUGAUGAGGUUGGAACCUAUAUUCAUUCAAGAGGCUCCUCAGUUCAUCAUGUAUAUCAACAUCUUACGGAUAAUGCUGGAAAGGCUUUGCAGUAUUUCCUUGGCACGAGGAGUCAUGCUUCAUUAGACCUCCUUUUUAAGUGGAUGUCUGGAUAUCAGACAUUGUUCACCAAAUUGUGCAGGUAUGUUAGUAAGUGCAGCUGCUUGCUGGCCAUGGACAAGCCUUCUGGUUUGCUAUUGCCUCCUGUGUAUCGACCAUUUCAGCAACUUCCACCUAAACAGAAUGCAUCAUCAACUCAACCAAAUUCAGCAGCAAAGGAUCAGAGUUCGGAUGCGAGUCAUGCAUAUCAUAUUGGAUGUGUUCCAGGUGAAGCCUAAACUAAUAUCCGGUGGCUUUGGAGCAUAAAUUUUGAGUAAGAGAGAGAGAGAGAGUUUUCAACGGUCACUGAGACCAACGAGUGCCAGUCUUUUGAAUUUUUACUUACGGCAAUCAGAGUUUCCAAUGUUGCCUCUAGUGUACAUAGAACUCAACCGAUGAAUUUCCUCUCGCUCGCUCACUCUCUCACUAGUUUUUCCCUCCCAUUUCUGCAUAGUGGCAUUUCACUCUGUAUCUUAUCUGUACAAAUGAUGUAUAAUGUAAUUUCAUUUUCACCUUCUUUCUUAUAUGCACGUGGUGUGGUCA